AUGGGGAAGCGAUACACCGAAGAACAGAUUGCUUGGCUGAAAGACAACUAUGGAGAUGAGUGGCACUUUUUGCAAUCUUAUCUGUUGAGUAUGUUCGAUGAGGAUGAUCGGGACGAAGGAAAAGCAAUUGUUGAGGCCUUGAUGGCUGGGGAGAACGCCCUGGGAAGACUGGAAGCUCGCAGGAAGAUCACGAACGAUGCGUGGUGGUCCAACAAGCUGCACAAUGCAUCCCCAUCACCCUCUCCGGAAUGUUUCGUGGAAAGUCCAGUGGAUAUAACGCUGGGAGAACUACUGCUGUACGGCGAUGGAAUAUCCCGUUCCAUCUAUCAAGACUACUUGCAUAUCAAAGAGAACAAGACGACACCUGAAGCGUUCCAGAAUCGCGAGCGAGAUUCCGAGGAGGCAUGCGACUUUGCUCUUGAUCUCYUCUUCUCCGCCAAACCACAACUCACCUGGGGCGAGGCUCUUUCCAACCUACAGUACGCUCGUGGUGCACGACCUACUGUUGGACGUUUAGGGAGGGCCUUUGAGGCGUACGAGAKGGAGCAUACAGUACUGGUGGACCGCAGUUACUGGCUAGACAAAGUUAUCCAAAGUCGAAACAAGCUCCGGGUCGGAGACUUGAUCCACGUGCUGGAUAGUGCGGCUUUCGAAAAGCUUUCGCAAAAGCUAUGGAGCGAACCUGAAGCGAAGAUGAAGCUUGAGGCUUUGCGGGUGGAGAAUCAGAUGGGGAUUUAUCAAGAUAUAUGGGAUGCGCUGGAUGAAGCAGUGAAAGAAUGA